AGCCAAUUGAGACCUCCAGUGUACUUCAAGGCUUCGUGCAAGUGACGACGAUCCGUCUGAUUCCUCGUUCGCAACGUCUCAUGCCGCCUUCAAGGGAUCUAGAGAUGGGUCAGUGAUUUUAGUUGUAUUGUCUUUUUUUGGAUGAGUGUCCAUACAGUGAGUGUGAUGGUCGACGGAUAGUUCUCUUACUCGACUCCACUCAGUUGUUGACGCCGGGUUGAGUCAUGUAAUGAUGCCGGUCACAUUGUCAUAGUUUGAGUGUGAGUUUGUGUUGUGAUUGGUGUUUGCGGAUUUCCCACGGCAUUCAUUUCGAGAUGACACUUGAGUGGAGGCAUUGGGAAGCCCAGAACGUACCGCGUGGUUCUCCACCUGGCUGACCGAGCGCUGCAGCAGGGACGGCAACGACGAGCACGAGGAGAACCGCAUGACGCGGGACGAGUUCAUGGGCAUGCUCCACAACAACCCCCAGCUGAUGGCCAUGGCCGAGGACAGGGGACUGUUCCCAGCGGGCGCCGGCUCGAGCCAGCAGAGCGAGUCCAGCAACCGCGAGGUGCGGGUGGCCUCGCUCGACGAGCUCCGCGCCGCUGUUGAGGAGCACCCGAAGCUCAAGUGGGACGAGAGGCUCGUCGACGUGUGCAACCAGCUGGGCUCGGUCAUCCAGGACGACGAGUCCGACGGGACCUCGCAGGUGACUUUCAAGCACAAGCGCCUGACGGCGUGGCUGCCCACGCGCAUGCUGACGGACAUCAGGGCCAAGGUUUGCUUCCCGGCGCCCCUGGGCCUCACAGCGUGGCUGCCCACGGUCUGCCUGUCCGCCGCCGGGAAGCGCGGCGAGGUGCGCGUGGCGCCCGUGGAGGAGCUGCGACAGGCGGUGGACGCGCACAGGGAUCUGACGUGGGAUCCGGGGAUGGAGUCCCUCGGCGGCAGGACCGGGGUGAUAACUGAGACGGAGGACGCUGGCGGAUUCUCGCAGGUGAAGUUUGCGGAGUCCGAGGGCGGAUUCUCGCAGUGGCAGCUGCCCAACAGCGCGCUGACGGAGCUUUCGUGGACGUAG